AUGCGGCUCAUUUGCGCUGCUGCCCUCCUCCUGGCCCUUGCCACCAACGCUCAAUUUGCACCCGCGUCCUCCACUGGGUCAACUUCAAGAUCAUCUUCGACUCUGGCCUUCCAGGCUACGUCGUCCACCUCGAGCGUGCUGGGCAAUACAGCCGCCUCCUCAGCCGUACCAACACCUCCAGCAGAAAGCACCGGAUGUGUGCUUCAUGGCGACCACUACCAUUGCGAGGGACCCGUAGAAGGUUCGACCGCUUCUUCUACCGUACCAGCGGCUCCAUCUGAGAGUACUGGAUGUGCUCUUCAUGUCGAUCAUUACCAUUGCGAGGGGCCUGCCGAGGGCUACACUGCAACAGCGACAUCAGAAUCUACCUCGAUACCGUCGCCUACCGAGAGUUCCAAUUGCUUCUGGCAUGAAACGCACUGGGACUGUUUUGACAGUCAAGAUGAGCUCGAAGCUGCCCAGUCAUCAGAGGAGAGCGGGGAAUGCAUCAUUCACGGCAAGUCUUUGACUCUCAGAUUUUGCUCCCAGGAUCUAGCAUGUGGCGCCGUCAUCCUCGACAAUUACAACAUGGGACUCCAUAUCGCAGCCUUAUUCAUCAUUUUGGUCACAUCCGGACUGGGGGUACUGAUUCCAUUGAUAUCCAAGUGGCUCAAAGAGGGUGAUGCCUCUCGACAAGAGACUAUGAGACGGGAGAUGGAGGUGUACGAGGGCAGUGCGGCUUUCGGGCGCGGUGUGGGGUGGUGGGGUAAUUUGUUUUUCAUUGCACGUCAUUUCGGGACGGGUAUCAUCAUCUCCACCGCAUUUAUCCACCUUCUUUACCAUGGCUUUGUGAUGUUUGCCAACGAGUGUAUCGGCGAGCUUGCCUACGAGUCUACAGCCCCGGCUAUCGCUAUGGCAGCCGCCUUCAUCACGUUCCUGCUCGAUCUUCUUGGUACCCGAUACGCUCACAGAAAAAGGGACGGUGAUCUUGCCAUCGAAGAAGGUAUGGAGCACAAACUGCCCCCUUCUCCAGAUGCUCAACAUGAGCAUGAGCACUUACAUGGGGACGCCUGUGGUAACCGCUUCGAUGCAGCGUUUAAAGCGGAGCAAAAUCAUCAGGUACUCUUGUUGGAAGCUGGUAUCAUCUUCCAUAGUAUCAUGAUUGGCGUAACCUUGGGCGCUGGAGGGGGUAAUGGGUGGACCACCCUUUUUAUUGUCAUCAUUUUCCAUCAAAUGUUCGAGGGCCUGGCACUUGGAGCUCGCAUAGCUCUUCUGGAUUGGAUGUCUAAAACCCGUGCCAUCAUUAUGGGACUUGCCUUCACCUUUAUCACCCCUAUCGGCAUUGCUAUCGGUAUCGGAGUCCGCAAGUCGUUUUCCCAGAAUGGCAAAGCCUCUCUCCUCUCUGUUGGGAUCCUCAACUCGAUCUCUGCAGGUAUACUGCUCUAUACGGCUUUUAAACUCUUGUCCACCGACUUUACAGGCGGGCCGCUGAGGGAUGCAAAGGCUUCCAAGAUCAUGGUGGCCCUUGCUGCUCUGACAGCCGGUCUGAUCGCUAUGAGUGUACUCGGGAAAUGGGCGUAA